AUGGAUUUCGGAACAAUAUGUAGCAAUCUUGAAAGUGGUGUUAAGUAUUCUAACUCUGAGGAUGUAUUCAAAGAUGUACAGUUUAUUUGGGGCAACUGCUACAAGUAUAACAAUAAGGGUGACUACAUUUUAGAGCUUUUGAAAAGGGUUAAGAAAAUUUUUACAAAGUAUUGGACAACAGCUGGAUUGUAUAGUGGAUCAUAUUCGGACGAGAAACAUAAGUUGUUUGUCCAAAAAACUACGAAGCAAUUAUCAGCCAAAAAAUGGAGAAUUCAGUUGUACGUAGAUGCAAUCCGAACAAUGAGUUCAAAGUACAAUCAGUUCACCAUUCAAGCAGUUGAACCAAUGGAAGAUUAGGCAGAAGUUACCUUUUUUUUUUAACAGUAAUUUUAUUUUAUUUAGUGUUGAGACUUUUCUUGGUGCCGAGCUUCUUUUUCUUUCUCUUGACUUGUUAUUU